GAUCUGAACAAUAUAUUUUACAAAUAUGUAUGUAUGUUAUAUACAGACGGACGGAGGAGCAUACGGAAAUCAAAAUCCACUUGGUCUUUUAAAUCUUAAACGUUCAUAUUGAAUAAACUGGACGUUUUAUCUAUUCUCUCUAAAAAGCGAACUCUUAAGUGACUGAUUUAUUCAAAUUGAUUACAUUUAUUUGUGUUCCAUAAAGACGACAACUACUUUUUGAUAAGUGGAUUUGUAGUUGUGUGUAUUCAGAAUAAAAGGAAACGAACACGAGAAAACACACGAAGAUGGCUAUACUGCAGUCUUGUUGCUUUUGGAAGACGGUGCGUACGGGUAGCAUUGCAAGCGCCACAUACACUUUGGUGUACUUUGGUUUCUCCACCGUUGUUAUGCUCAUUACUGUUUAUGAUGAACAGGAGUUUCUGGCCGGCAGCAGAGAGCAACCAUUAGGGGAAAGCAUCUUGGCUAAGGGAGAGAUAACACCGGCUAUUCUUGUAUUUAAUAUUCUCUUUCUGGUUUGCUCGUUCUUCAUCGUCAUGUCGUCGCUCUUCACGUUCGUGGGGCUGAAGCAGAAUCGUCGUCAGCUGCUGUUACCCUGGAUUGUUUUCAUGCUUUGCGAUAUCCUGAUUGAAAUUGUUCACUUGGGAUAUUUAUCAUUUACGCAAAUCGUCAACUUCGAUCCCGUCGUCGGCUUUAUAUUCACCAUCGACUUUUUUGUAAUGUGUCUAAAUUCUUACUGUCUGCUGUGCGUGAUAUCGCAAUAUCAAAAUUACCUGCAAGGACUGGGCUGCGGGAAUCAACAGAUACGGACGGACGUAAUGAAACAAGCAGCUGAUGAUGCAGCUGGCUCUAGUCAAAGUUAUCUGCGUGCAACGAAAAUACAAAAAUCUAUCGCCAGUCCUUACAUAACAACAAAUCCGCACACGCACAUUUCGACUAUACACGAGGAGAUGGACCAAAAUCAUAAAAUUCCUUCGGAUUCAGCGGAAAUGCCAAGCGUACAGGCUGAAGACAACUGCUUACAUAUAACUGUCAAUAUUCCGUCUCCGUUAUAAAUGUGACAUUUCCAGCGUUUCUCCUCUAGGGGAACCGGCAAUGCGGGACAGAGAGGACAAACAGUAGUAGGAGCUGCAUCAGGACUUAUAAUGGAUGUUUGCGACAAUUGCGCCUAUUUAGCUGAAGUUGGAAAAUUGUUGUUGCAACUAUACGCACCGAAAAUUACUUUGCAUAAGUGCUGCAUAAAUAUAAGUGAGGGUCGUGUGCGGUAAAAAUGCGGGCAGGAGGUUGGGGAAAGAAGGAGAAGAAAAUCAUUUUUCGAAGUCUCAACACAAUUUUUAUUCCAGCAAGUGCAUACUUCUUUGUCAACUUAACAACAGAAUUUAUGGGGAAAUAAGAAGAGUUUCACUGCUCCGUUUUUCCUGGUCUAAAUGUAUGUGUAUGGCUAUGUAUGUACAUAUGUAUAGUAUAUUAUUUUACUAAAACAAAUUUCACGGCUUCACAUACAUAUGUAUAUACAAAUUACUUACGACAGCAUUGUAAAAUAAAUAUGAUUUGAAGAGGGUGUUCAUUUAGUGAUAAAAAGGUGUUCUUUUAAAUAAAAUACAGAUCCUAGAAAAAGAUUGUUUCCAGGUCAUAGUUAUUGGUACAAAUUUGCAACUGAUCUGACAUUGCCUACAAAAAGUCAAAUAACCAGCCCAUUAGCUUUUAAGCGAUUAAAAUAGUUAUGGCAAACCAAAAACCUUGUUAACUUUUGACUCCGCAUUCGGUUCCAAAAACGGAUGGAAUAAUACUCUUGACAUGCAAACCACAUUAUUCGGUAAACUUUGAGGUUUCAAGAAGUCUGGAAAAUCUAUUUGGGACUCUUCGCACUUCAGAUAUGACAGUUUUGUUAAUUCGCUUAACCGUAAAGUCAGAUAUGAGUCUCAUCACUGACGCGUGCGAAAUAUGUUGAACGAUUGCCACAUAUGUUAAGAUAUGAGUUUGGGACAUAACUUCCCAUUGCAUAUCCCCCGGCGUAAGACUUGGCAUGUGAAUAUAGUAUUCCAGAGGAUACUCAAAAUAAAUAUCAAAGACAUUCAUCCCGUUGGAUAGCUAUAUCUUUUGAAAAUUCUACACCCCUAAAUAAAAAUACACAAAAAUGUAAAUACAAUUUAAUUUUGAAUACUUUUUGCUAAGAAUCUAGAUCGACAUAGAAAUUGGGAGACAAACAUUUUCAAAUGUUAAUAUUGUACUAAAAUUCAUAGCCAAAGUAAAAAUAUUAA